AUGGCUGCUUCAAGUUUCCAAGCUUUCUGCGUCUGUCUCGUCAAGAGCAAGGCAAGAUUAGAACCGAAACAAAUCAUCACUAGUAGUAAAAACAAUAUCGCUGGCUUGCAGGAUGCGUUCCUGUCAUUCGGAGGGAAUUUAUAUCUCAUAUCACAGCACCAAGGCAUGACUCUUGAUCAAUGUCUUGCAUCCAGUACGCUCCAGCAAUAUGCAAGAGUUUUCUUCUAUCAACUCCUGCGGGGGUUGAAAUAUCUUCAUUCCGCAAACAUAGUGCAUUGCGACUUGAAACCAUCUAGCAUCCUCAUUACCCGGGGCUGUGACCUGCAAAUAACUGGCCUGGACCACUCACGAAUUCAUGGUGAGAGAGUUACGAUAGACCAUGUUUACGACAACGCAAACCAAUGCUAUCAGGCUCCAGAACUCAUGUUAGAUGCACAGACUUAUCACCCUGCCAUGGACAUGUGGGCGGCGGGCUGUGUCCUUGCGGAAAUGAUAAAUGGCUGUCCCCUAUUUUCCGAAGAACGAUGCACGAACCAACUAUACGCCAUUAUUAAGUUGCUUGGGUAUGCGCCAGGCGAUCUGAUGGAUGGGCUCAGUAGUGGGAAUUCUUUACCAGCUCGCGAUUGGAAGCCUUUGAGAAAGCACAUCUCCACGUCCGAUAAUGAAGCCCUUGACCUUCUAGAACAAUUGCUCGACUUCGAUCCAGCAAUAAGAUAUCCUGCCACCCAAGCGCUCGAGCAUGUAUAUGUUUCACUUUACUAUGAUCUAGCGGACGAACUGACCUCUGACAAGACAUGGUCAGUCGCCGACUUGGAUUAUGCCGAGUGGCCGGUCAACGAUUGGAAAACCUUGAUGUAUGUGAUGCGUAUCCACCAUCGUCCAGUCCAGCCUCCCAUCAUGACCUCGCUUCCCGCUUUCCCCUGCCCCCUGCCACCCGGACACGUUCUAAACACGCCCCAUCGGUUCCCUUGCAUGGCCCUAUCUAGUAUAUAUGAGAAGAUGGCAGAUUUUGCUAACGGUUUGGUGCGUGAAAUUCGGCCUUUGCUUUCUCUUGACAGUCUCUCCGAAAUUGUGGACCAUCAUGAGCUUAGAAACGGGCGCCAGCAGCCGGCGGAGUGUUCAAAUUAA